AUGCCAAUCCAUCUAAAUUUGUAUUCCCAGCCUCUGGUCAGGUUUCGACGGGCAGGUCGGACAGUCAUGCUGCUACUGAAGGCAACAGUCUCCACCAGGCAAAACCAACAGCGAUCAGAAUGUCGCAUGUUGUCAUGGACACAAGUUCACGAUGACAUCGGGACUUCUCGCCGAGCUUACGAACGAUUUGGCCUUACGUUCGACCCCGGCGAAUUCAAAGUGAAAAGAGAGACCCAGAUCAACGCCGACGUGAAGCUGAUUCUGUCGAUGGAGCCGGAGGACCGGACCCCGGAUCAGCAGCGUCUGGCCCUGGUGGGUCUCAACUCGGCGGUCGAGGUGUUCGGGGAGUUUCCCAUCAAGAUGCAGCAGUCCCUCGUCCGUGUCGGAUGGUACGAACGUUUCGAGGCUAAAAGAGUUAUAAUACGACAGGGCCACACAGCUGACAAUUUCUACUUCAUUUUAUCCGGAACUGCCGUGGUCACUGUACUGGAGACCAACUCGAUCACCAAAGAGCAAUACGCCAACACGGUAGCGCUACUCAAGAAAGGGAACAGUUUCGGUGAGUUGGCAUUGAUGCACGGUGCACGACGUAGUGCGACCGUGACGUGUAAAGACGACGUCGAGCUGUUGGCGGUGGGCAGGGACGACUUCGUCGACAUCUUCAUGCACGUGGAGAAAAACCGCGAGCCCGACCAUAUCCGCUUCCUGCACUCCAUCGACCUACUACAGGGCUGGCCCAUCCACACACUGCCCUACAACAACCCCAACAUCUGUUUGUUUACUUACUUCAGACGUGGAGUGUUACUGUGUAAGGACAGCAACUCUGCCGACUGGAUCUACGUCAUCAAGUCGGGCACAUGCCGAGUUCUGAAGUCUUUAACUGUUUCCAGACCCAGAUUGAAGAUUCGCAAAAAAACAGCAAAACGAAAACUGCCAUGUAAAAAUAAUCAGCACAUGCCUGGCAUCUUGUCUGUCAAAGAAACGUCAUCUGUGUCCAAGUCAUGGUCGUGUACAUCAGACAGUGGACAGAAAUCCUCGAGGAGAAACCUGCAAGUGACAUUUUCCCUGCCUAGACUGCACGCGACACAGCAAGACGAACUGCAGCGGUCAGCGGAGAACCAUAUGAAACAACUGGAUGCUAUUUUAAGGAAGCGAAGUUUAACACAGGUGGGAAUGACCUCACAUCACGUUGAAAACGACGAUUCCGAUGUCUACACAGAACAGAUCUUUGUAGAGGUUCAGAAGAUGGGUCCAAAAGAUAUAUAUGGUCUGGAGCAGGCAGUAUUCAGUCUAAUUAGAUGUACAACAAGUACCAGUCUAGUAUCCGACGGAGCAGAGUGCGUGCUUAUCAACCGGAAGUUCUUCCUACGCCAUCUUUCAGAAGACACUGCGAAAUCCAUUCGCAAAACGAUUCAGCCGCUUCCAUCAGAGGAAGCAUUACGUCACAAGCUGGAGAACAAGGCGAGCUGGGAGGCGUUCAAGACCUCCACCCUGGUCGACCAGCUCGUCUACAGAAAACAUGUCCACGACUAUCUCAACUUCUGA